CGACUCUCUCUUUCUUGGCACUGAUCAUAUUUCUGGUUGAACAAAGGUUUUUCGACCUAAACAGCAUAGUUUUAUAUAGUUAUUGCAUUCAUUCGUCACAUUGAUUAUGAAUUACCAAGACAAUGACCACACAGAAAUAGUCCAAGCUGAUGAACAAAAGAUGCCUGCACGUUUACUAGAAGACGAAAGUCAACGAAUAAGCUGUGUGGAGUAUAUUAAGCAAUAUGAUAUCUCACAGCUGGCUCAAAUGUUGGCACACAGUGCUGAGGAGUUCGUACGUCAUGUUUGGCUCAGAGGUUGGCGAGUAGUUAAUCAUCACAGUCUUCCUGCAUGGUUGCGUGACAAUGAUUACAUUUUGCAUUAUCAUCGACCUCAGUUAAACACUUUUUGGGCUUGUUUCAAGUCCAUUUUCAGAGUGCAUACAGAAACAGGAAAUAUAUGGACUCAUUUGUUGGGUUGUGGGAGCUUUUUUGCCAUUACAGUCUUCGUGUUAAUUCAGUCAGCAGCUCUACUACAAUGGCAAGAUAAGCUUGUAUUUUCUGCAUUCUUUUUUGGUGCUAUUGUUUGUCUCGGACUUUCUUGUUUAUUUCACACUCUUUCUUGUCAUUCAAAAAGUAUUGGACGGCUGUUUAACAGGUUGGACUAUACUGGCAUAGCGUUUCUAAAUUUAGGCUCGUUUAUACCAUAUUUAUAUUAUUCAUUCUACUGCAUAUUGUGGGCCAAGUUAUUUUAUACUAUUUCGAUUGCCGUUUUGGGGAUAGCAGCAGUCGUCGUUUCAAUGCAUCCAUCUUUUACUACACCUCAUUAUCGUCCUAUUCGGGCUGGUGUUUUCAUGGGAUUAGGUCUUUCAGGAGUUAUUCCAUGCAUUCAUACAGUAAUAUUAGAUGGAUUCUUCCAUUCUGUUAUUCAAGGUUCUUUAGGUUGGCUUAUUCUCAUGGCCGUUUUGUAUUUAAGUGGUGCAACUAUCUAUGCUGUCCGUGUACCGGAAAGAAUAUUUCCUGGACGUUUUGAUAUUUGGUUUCAAAGUCACCAAAUAUUUCAUGUGUUCGCAGUGGUUGCAGCCUUAGUUCACUAUCACGGUUUAGUUAAACUUGCCGACUACCGUCUAUCUACUGGCGAUUGUAAACCUGUUGGACUGAAUUUUGAUUCAAAUCGAUUAAAAAUGUUCGGUCUGGAUAUAUUUCCUAACACAUUAUGA